AUGCGUGCCAGGAUUCGGAUUGGAUGCGGGUCGCUGCCUGGUCAGGAGCUCAGGAAAGGCAAGCCACACAGCACACCGCCCGACAAACCACCUCCACAGUCCGAGGAGUUCACAACGGAGAAAGGGUGCUUGAAAGUGAGUGCUUCCUCAUUGCCUUUGCAUCAUGUGACGAGCGUCUGCCAAGCAACGUCGAGCAACCACGGGCAACACACUCCGAAGAUCUCUUGCACUGACUUUUGGUCCGUGCACGUGCCAAUGUGGCUCUUGCUGAGAUCUGCCGAGGCUUGCGCAGACCAAUGUGAGCACUGCGCGCGGCGUGGGCCUGGCCUCUGUGACCAGGACGUUGGAGGUUUACAGGGUUUACAUGGAAUUGGUUUUACCGAGUCUUUUAAAGAUGACUCUGGUUUACACAUUUAG